AUGAAGUCCAGCAGCACCGCGCGCAUCGACGGCUUCACCUCCGACCCGGACAGCGGUUCCGACAGCUCGGACGGCUGCAGCCCGCGGGGGGAGUCCGUGCAGGAGGGGGGGGAGGCUUCGCUGAGGCGCAGGAGGCGGCGGCACAGGAGCGGCGGAGAGGCGCCUCUGGCCGGCGUCAGCAAACAGAGGCAGGCGGCGAACGCGCGGGAGCGGGACCGAACCCACAGCGUGAACACGGCGUUCACGGCGCUGCGCACGCUCAUCCCCACCGAACCCGCGGACCGGAAGCUCUCCAAGAUCGAGACCCUGCGCCUGGCCUCGAGCUACAUCUCCCACCUGGCCAACGUGCUGCUGCUGGGGGAGGACUGCCGGGACGGGCAGCCCUGCCUCCGGUACCGGGACAUCCUGCACGGGCCGGCGGAGCUCAGCGGCCGCUCCCUGCGGCCCAUCUGCACCUUCUGCCUGGGCAACCAGAGGAGGCAGCUCAGAGAUGGAGGGAAACACUCAGCUGUUGUGUGACAUGAAACACCCCGUCUUGUUUAAUGUUCUGAACUUUGUAAAUAUACUUUAUAAAUAUAUUUAUUUUAUGAGAUUAGACUGAAUAACGAGCACUUUCUGUUCAGACUUGGGUGUUCUGAACCUCCGUGUUUUGGCUGAGACGUAACCUGAGCCGAUGUGGAAAGCUGCACCUGAUGUGGGGCUAUUUUUGGUCCCACCAAUAGUACAAACUACCCCUUGACCCCCCAACACCAAGACCCCAUGUAUCCUUCCUAAAAAAAAAAAAAAAAAGGCCCUUGUCACAUGGAGAA